UAUAUUCUCGCUGUUUAUUUCGCGAAAAAAAAAUUUUAUUAUCCUUAUGUGCAUUUGAUGUUUCAUCAUAGAUUUUGUUGCGAAGAUUUUAUCAAAAUUAUUUGUUUAAUUAUAAUUUAAACAUGGCCGUUGGAGCUGAUAUUGUUGUCGAUUUAUCCGACAACGACGAUGAUGAUUGUGUGUUAGAAGCAGUUAUAUACAACUCAAACAGCAAUCACAACAAUUACUUUACUUAUGAUAAAAUAUUCAAAGAAAAUCCACUUCUAGCGGAAGUUAUUGAGAAAUGUUUCAACUUAGAAAGCACAGAAGGAAUGCUCAGAGUUAUAAACAAAACUUUACUAGAAGUUUACAAAGAAGCAGACCCAAAGUUUAAGUCCUCAUCAGAUUUUGAGACUGUUUUGAAAAGGACUUUGAUACGUCUAGACAAAGAUCCUAAUCAUAAGUUUUCUCAUAUAAAAGAUUUGUGCGAGACAUUAAGGUCCAGUAAGUUUAAGAAACGGGUACAACUGAUCACAUUGGAAAAGAAAAUAAGGCCGAAUGACAGAAGAAAGUUGUCCUUGAAAAGAAAAAGCUAUCUGGAAAGGAAAAACAAAAGGCAAAAGACUGAUAUAAUUGAUUUGGAUAAAUAUGAGGAGAUUCCUACUAUUAAUUUAGUUCAAGAUUACAUAAACAAUGAUAGUCCCAUAGUUAUUGAUGAUGAAAAACAGAAUCCCAAUUCUGAAGAAAAUUGUGAUUGCUUUACUGAAAUAAGCAGAGCUGAACUCAGACUGCAAAAUAAUAACCAAACACAAAAUCAAAAGUUGGGAAAUUCGGUAGAUGCAAAUAAAUUAUCAGGUUUCAAUAAUCUUAAAGAAAAUAUAGAAAACCUUAGAACAAAUAUUGAAUGUACACAACAAAAUUAUGUAGCUUUUCUCAUUUGUGAUUCCGUUUCAAAAAUAAAUGCAGACAAAUUAUUAGUUCCAAGAACAAACUGUGAAAGUAACACUCCUGAAAGUCCAGAGAAAUUAUUAGUACCUCAGAAAGUAUCCAAUAUAGAUUUGUCUGCAGAAGAUGAACCUCCUAGAAUAGACUUGGAAAAAAUAAAAAAUAUUGAACUACAGAUAUCAAGAUACAAAGAAUUUAUAGCUAAACUUGAUGAGGAAGAAGUCACCGAGGAUAGUCUCUCUUCCCCUUAUGUAAAGAGUGAAAAAUGUAAAGAGAAAAUAGUAGCAUUAUACAAAGAGUUAUGUACUCUAACUGGGGCAGAGGCAAUUAAGAGACGUGAAGUAACACUGACAGUCAUUGAAGGUCACCCGUCCGGUCCUGUGAAGAGGCUCGAGAGGUUUCUCAACCGGAAUAUCGGUAGCGAUGGUAACCCACCUUUCCCAGAUUUCAACGAUGUAGUCAAGUGUGUUGAGAUAGCGAAUGCUAAUGAUAAUCUUGGUUGGAAUAAAGGCCAAGUUAUGCGAGAAGCGAGCGCCCUAUUCACUCACUGCGGUCACGCGCUGCAGAAGCGACGUAAGAAGCGAGAGUGGAAAGACCUUCUCUCGCGCGUUAAAGCGGAAAAUUGUGACGGAGACCCGGCCGAUGCGGACCCCGAGUUGCUAGCACGAUUAGAAGCCAAUAAGCGAGUCGCCUUGAAGAAAGAAUCCGAUUUACUUGAAAGAUACUCAACGAUGCAGAAUUUGCCACAAGAUCGGAAAAAAUCAAAAGAUGUUCAACUGCCACCAGAUACCGAUGAUGAUGUUAAAUAUGAUAGCGAUGAAAGUUCAGAUGAAUGUGAUUCAUUGAAAGUAAAUUUAGAAGAAAACAACUCAUUUGUACUGACCACAGCAAACACGUCAAAUUCUAUAGAUAUCAGCAAAAUAGUUAAUGGUUAUUCAAAUCAAACUGAAACUAAAAGUAAAUUCAAAGCAAUUCAAAAUGUCAACUUUGUACAAAAAGACUGUCCGCCUCAAAUAGUUGCAGAAUCAAUAACUAAUGAAUCUAUUAUAGAUGAAUUUGGUGUCAAACUUAUUGAUCCGAGGGAAAUUCCAAAUGUCAACGCUAAUGUUCCAACAAAUAUCGCUGUAAAUUUUGAAUCCAACGUUGGAGAAGUAAAUAAUAAAGAAACAAUCUGCGUUGAAUCAAAUUUUGAAGAUGAUGAUAUUCAGAAUAAUGUUUCUAAUGUUACUAGUCAAAGUUUCGAAACAAAUGUUGAAGAAAAUUGUAAGUUUUAUGACCAAAACGUGAAUUACGAAUCCAACGUUGCAGAAGUAAAUAUUAAAAGCGAAGUAAAUUUAAAUGAGGCUAUGGAUAAAACUGAAUUGGAUGUUGUAAAGACCGAAACAGAUCCUACGGAGAAUAUAGCAAAACUUUUAAACAAUUUCGGUGAUAACUACACUGUUUCCAUACUUGAAAUUGAGGAUCCAUUUUUUGUUAUAGAAAUAUCGGACAGUUCAGAUGAGGACUGAGAAGUUUUUCUAUUGUAACCUGUUUAUGCAACAGUAACCCCAGUAAUUGGCGCAUGAAAUAUUUUUUUUGUGAAAUGUGAAUACCGUUGUUAGCUCCGUCGUAAUGACAAUGGUGAUAAACGUGUCAAUUGCACAACUAUUUUGAAAACGAGACAGUAAGCAGUCAUUAUUGUCACACAAAUAUGUGAGAGUUAGAGGUGUAUGAAAUUUCAUUGUGAACACUUUAAAUAUUUGGUGCUUUAAACCUUGUUACGUAUUUGUCUACUAAUAUGAACUUAAAUAUGUAUUUUACAAUGUCGUAGAUAUCCUGUUAUAUAAAUUUAAAUACUAUUAGCUAUGAUAUGGUUAAAAUCAGUUUUACAAUUUCGUAGACUCAGUCUUAAAUAAAUUUAUAUUCUAUUGUC